AUCCCAGUUCCUCAAAGUCUCAAACACCCCAGAUUACACAUCUCCUUCAAGAUGGACAACCAUGGUGCCACACAAAGACCAAACCUUUCCCCCUCACCAUCUCCUCAACCCGACGAAAACCCGAAAAAACACCAUCCCCUCACCUUCCAGAUUACCUGCCCUUUCAGCAUCCCCUCCACCCCUGAAUCAGCUGCAUCCAGGAUCAUCACAAACCUGGGGAAAUUAUCCCUCUACUACUUCGAAUUCAUAUGGCUCGUCCUCUUCAUCGCCCUCAUCCCGGAACGCAAGGUCUCCUUGAUCAUCAUGGUUGCGACCAAAGAAGCUGCAAUCAUAUACACACUGCUAAUGCGUGCAGUGCCUGCAUCUCUUGUUCUGGUUCAUCGGGUUCUUGAUAGGCGUCUGGUUCUUUCUCUCCUGGGUUUUGGCACAGUGAUUGCCCUCAUUGCCACUCAUUCUGGGCUUCAUCUGCUCAUCACUCUGGCUGCUACUAUCCCCAUCAUCUUAGCCCAUGCAGCCUUAUGGUGUGGUUGGGUGGAUGCUUGUGAGAACAAUAAUGAUAAUGAGUUUACUCCCCUUGUUUAGUACCAAGUCACGUUCUUGGGGAAUAAAGCCAUGUGUUUGGCAGUAUUUUGACCAUCAAUUAGUUUCUAAGGUUGUAUGUAUCUAUGGUUUAUACAAGAGAAAUGAAAAGAAACACAUUAAACUCCUAUAAA